UAAUUUCCGAAUUUCUCACUUCUAAAUCAAAGUUGUGGCGCCCGAGCCUCCCAAAUAAACGAACAAGUAAAAAAAAAAAUAAAUCAAAGUUAGAUUUAUGACCUUCCUCUUUUUUCACUUUUUUUUCGUUUAUUAUUUUUUAGAGGUUAGGCUCGGUUGUCUUAAUAUAAUCCCUUCUUAAAUUAACACUGUUUAUGUUUAGUAGAAAAAUAUUAGGUGAAAUUUGAAAAAUGAGUGUGUAAUUGAAAAUAACGUAAAUGAUUUUAGUUUAUAAUUCUGUUUUUAUGUACAGUUUGGGUUUCAUUUGUAAUUUGAUUUUUUUAUUGUGACAUUUGGGUGUUGAAUGUUAGUGAUAAUAAAUGGUCCUGAGUAGACUGGGUCUAAUUUUCUUCGGUUUUCUUUCUUUAGCCAAACUUUGCUUCCUAAAUGGAUUUCUAAUGGGUUCGAUUUUUGUUUUUGAUUCGCAAUUCUCUUAUCUUUUGAUUUUUCUAGUAAAAUUUUUGCUUUAAGAGCUGCUGUUUGUAAUUUAAAUUUCAAUUCCUUUAAGUAUGAUUCGUAAUUAUACAUUGGGUCGACUAUAGUGAUAUUUUUUUAGCUUUGGUGGAUAAUUUACUUGAGUUCCGAAAACAAGUUCAAAUGGAGCAUAAGAGUGUUCAGUAUGUGGUGUUGUGUUGUAAAAGAAUGUGAAAUAUGGUAACCGGGCGUCCCAGUCAUCAUGUUGCUCAUUGAUGAAUUGCCUAAGGUAUUCAUUUAAACAACGAUGACUUCUUUCGAGAGCUCCUAUGGUUUCUGGAUGAUAUGCUGUGGCAAAUUUUUGGUUUAUUGCUAGCGUGUUACAGAUUUGUUGGAAUAUUUCGUUUUUAUACUCAGUACCCAUGUCGGAUUUGAUUGCUUCUGGGCAACCAUAAAUUAAAAUAAAGUUUUCCACUAAGGCCUUGGCUAGUGUACUCGCUUGUUUAUCUACUAUUGGUACAGUAAUUAUAUAUUUCGUUAGAUCACAUUGUAUGGUUAAGGCGUAACGAUUUCCUUUAUUUGAUCUAGUAAGUGGUCCUACGGUAUCAAUUGAAACUAAUUCAAAAGGUUUUGUUGGAGUCGUUGAUUUCUCGAAAUUUUCUUGAGUUUUUAUUGUAUGUUUAUUUAGUUUACUUGAGGUGCAGCUUUUCACGUACUUGGAAAUGCUGUCUUUCAUGUUUUUCCAAUAAAAAUUACGUCUAAGUUUUUGUAAUAAUUUGUUAAUACCUACGUGUCCUCCCGAAGGGGUAUCGUGGUUUUCCUUUACAUAGGGUAGAAGCUUCAGUUUUGGCCAGUCCGGAGUUUUGGCCAUAGUGCGGUAUUGACCCUGUUGAUAUCUAAAUCGGCGUAAAUUUAUUUUUUACUAGUAGAUCCUAAUACAAUAUGAUGAUUACAGCUGUGGAAACCACACAUUUUGAUUAAAAACUGGAUGAAAAAAAUAUAUUUCCUUAAAAAAUCAGCUCCCAUAUAUCUAUUUUGGCCAGGGUGCUUCUAAUUUGGCCACUCCCAUAAGAAAUACACGUGAUUGGCCAAAAUAGAAACCAAACUUUACAGCUUGUAGGCUUUAUAUAGGCUUACAGGGCUUAAUUUAGUUCUUACUGGUUAUAGUGCCUAUAAGUAUUAGGAAGGCUUAUAUAGAGCUACUUAGCACUGAAAAGCUGUUUAAUGGCCGUUAUAAUGCUCAGAACAGUGCUUAGUGGUUACCUGGGUAGUUUUGCCAACCCAAAAAACCUCAAAAAAAGCUGAAAAAAGCCCAAAAAAGUCGCUAAAACCCGCAAAAGUUUUGCGGGUUUUACCGGGUUUUUUCGACUUUUUUCGGCUUUUUGUGGGGUUUUUCGGCUUGGCAAAACUAGUGUCGCUCCCCCCGCUCAAAGUAUGUGUUAUAAGCUAGGGACAAGACAAAAGGCUAAAAAAAUAAAAAUUAUAUAUUUUCAACUACGGUUAAUAAAAACGUAAAAAAAUGAGUAAAUAUGUACUCUUGAACCAUAUAUUGUGGUUUAAAACAAGAAUCCCGAUAGAACUUUAGGAGCCUAUUCGAUAGAAGUUCACCGGAAAGUUGCCGACAGCUGAAAAAGUAGAAGAAAAAGAACGGUAUAGCUGGACUUCUCCCUUUUCUGGAGGUGUGCUGAAUACUCACUUUCUUGACCUAGUGGCUAUCGUUGAGGGUUUUAAUCCGGAAGCUUAUUCUGCAGGACCCGACGUUUCCAGUGUGGUUCUCGCUGGGGGUAGUCGGUGAUGUUUCUGUUCCGGAAGGGGUUUUCCGCCGGACCGGGCGAUUCCAAAAAGACGGGGACACCGAUAAUUGUUCCGCUGGACCCAAUAAUUCCAAGGACAAAUCGUAGGCGGGAAUGUUGUUCCGCCAGUUGGUUCCUAGCGUGUCCGGAAGAAUCGAUUUGGACCUCGUUCAAUUCGGCUGGAGUUUGCCGGGGACGUUCCUAUUCCGGAAGGGGGUUUCUGCCGAACUGUGCCAUUCCAACAAGGCGGGGACGCCAAAAGUUGUUCCGCCGGAUCGAUUAAUCUCAGCCCGUCCAGAAGGACCAAUUUGGAUCUGCUUCAAUUCGACAGGCGUUCAUCGAAAAGUUGCUGACAGCUGAGAAAAUGGAAGAAAAAGAACGAUUUAGCUGGAAUUCCUCCUUUUCUGUAGGUGUGCUGAAUACUCACUUCCUUGGCCAAGAUAUCAGGCUAUCGUUGAGGGUUUUAAUCCGGGAGCCUUGCCGGGAGCUUAUUCUGCUGGACCAGACGGUUCCAGUGUAGCUCUCGCUGGGGGUAGAUGGUGACGUUUUUGUUCUGAAGGGGUUUUCCGCCAGACCGGGCAAUUCAACAAGAAGGGGACACCGAUAGUUGUCUCGCCGGACCGGAGUUCCAAGACAAAUCGCAAAUCGUAGACGAGAAUGUUGACCAUUCUGAGCGCGUUCAGAAGGGCCAAUUUGGACCUCUUUCACUUUGGCUGGUGUUUAUCGGAAAGUUGGCGACAGCUUCCAAGCUGGAAGAAAAAUAGUAUGACAUUCUAGCGAGGAUUCUCCUUUCUCUGGAUAAUUAAGCAUGAAACUCACCUUCUUGGGGGCCGUCCAAACUUCUCAAACUUCUUCAAAGUUUCAAAAUACAUGUAGGGAUCUAACUUAUUAACUUUUUUUUGUAGGUUCCUUUAAAAUUUAAGAUGAUUCUAAUGGAUGUAAAAGUCUAAACCUCGGUGUGGAGUUUGGGAUUUCUCUGGGAAGGAAUCACCCCUCAUGUGCAGCACACACAACUUACCCAGGCUGACGUUGGUUCGCAAGUGGCAAGAGUGAACGCGGUUGGGUGACGCCUGGAGUUGUUGCUGUGCAAGCGGUGAUGCUAACAUUGUCUGCUUGACAGUUCGCAUCACAUUCAAAUGCGCUAUAUCGCCUGCUGUGAUCAUUCUCUUUAUCACAGCUUUAUUCAGUACAUCUUAUAUCUCACAUCCUUCUUCUACUCUGAAGAAGUUUUACACAUUCUUAACAUAAAAUUGAAUUUCCGUAUCUCAAUUUUGAGUAUUUACUUACAACCAUUCAACAUAAUUAACUGUUAUAUUACAUCGUCACAUACGUUGCAGCUGCUGCCAUGGCUGCCGAAUACAGUUUUCAUUGUGAGGUACCAUUCUGACUACCCAAGUAACCACUAAGCCGUAAAAAUUGGCACCAAGUUGGUUCUAUAUUCACAUGAAGAGCAAUGUUAACAGAGCUUACCAGAACUACAUCCUAUAAUAGAUCUGCUUAAAAGCCAAUUUUGGCGAAAUAUUCGGCUGAUAUACGGCCAGCUUCAAUCUGCGUACCAAGUCUCUGGUGGAAGAGUUGUCAAAUGAGAGUCAGAAAAAAAGCAAAAAAAAAGAAAGUUAUUUACCUUCUUUUUUUUUUGUUCUGGAUGUUUUUUCCAUUGAAGUUUUUUUUCGAUUUUUACGGCGUUAACGAAUCGUCCGUAGUAUCACGCCACCUGCGGCACCAAUCAGCAGGUGGGCUGCAUCGAGUGCACGGUCAGCACUUUGAUGUUAUAAAAGAGCGACGACAGCGUGGCCCGUCCUCUUUUCUUCAACGAGUUUGGAAUAACACCGGUGGUGCAAGCGCAGUUAGUGUGAAUAAAGUUUGUGCUAGGUUAACAUUAGUGUUUUUUAAAAAGUAAGUGUAGUGCUUCACAUCCCUAAUUGGUGUCAGAAGUGGGAUACUGUGAGGUGUUGAAAAAGUGGAAACAUCCCGCCGCACAUCGACCAGCAAGAAGGAUCCGAGACCCACCCGUGGAUGCAGCCGUUACUUUUGUAAGUAGACCAUCAAUCUUAGCAAAGCACUCAUACUUGUGAAAUAUUCAUAUACAUAUACUAUGCCUGAAACCAGAAUGUCGGAGAUGGAGGCGCUUAAAGCCGAGAUGCAGGAGCUUAAAGCGAUGUUGACGAUCGGAAACAGCAGCAAGUUCUGCAUUCCCGAUCCGAUUAAAUAUUUAUCGGAAUUUUCCGGAAAUAAGAAAGAACUGUCUAGCUGGCUACGUGAAGUAGACCAAGUGUACGACAUGUUUAAAGUGAAGGGCGCCAAUGGUGAUCCUGACUCAAUUAGUUCUAUGUAUUUGAGAGCUAUUAAAAAUAAAGUGAAAGGAGAUGCCCGCGCAAUUCUAUGCGCUAAUGGCGAUCCGGACACCAUCAGUGAAAUAAAGCAGAUACUCCUGGAGCAAUAUGGAGACCAUCGCGAUUUCGCAACUAAUGUGUCAGCAUUAUUUAACAUACGGCGUGGCGAUAAAAGCCACCUCAAAUUCUAUGACGAAUGUAAAGACAUAAACACUCGGUUAAAAGCAAAUUUGUCGUCUAAUCCAAUAACUGAGCGGCAAAUUAUAGAAAUUUUAAGUGUCACAAGGUAUCUCGAUAAUAUUGGAGAACCACUCGCCUCUAUAAUAAGGCAAUCUAAGCCACAAUCAUUAGAGGAGGCAUACGAAGCCGUAUGCACAAACCAAAAUGCGGAAACUAGAACAAAACCAUCUAAGUUUCAGUUUCAACCCAAAUCACAAAGCUACUCUAGCAGCAACAACGCGAAUAAUAACAAUACUAACAACCAUAGCAAAUCAUAUGCAAACGCGGGUAAAGGUGCUUAUAAAAAACCGAUGCAACAGCAUAAACCUCGCGUAGAAUACAACACCAAUAAAGUGAACGUGGAUAGUGACGACGAUGACGACGACGAGGGCAAUAUGAUAAACCGUGAAGUGCGAAAAGAUGAAUCGGAUUUUUACGACGAGGAGGCUCGCGAAGCAACAACGUGAACAAUUUUAUUCCAUAUAUUCGUUACCGGUCUAACAAGGGAAUGCUCAAAUUUUUAAUUGAUACCGGAGCAAACAAGUCUUAUAUUAGUCCGGAGCACGUACAAAAUGCAAAAACAACAGACCAACCCGCGAUAGUUACAAACAAAAAUGGUAAAUUUAUCAUUGAAAAGAUGGUGCAGAUAAAUAUUUUUCCAAAAGUUUUUAGCAAAGAGUUACCUUUCCACGUAUUCAAGUUUCAUGAGUUCUUCGACGGCCUCAUUGGCUAUGAAAAUUUAGCAGAGAUGAAAGCCAAAAUAGACUCGGGCAAUCAUCGAAUAAUAACACAGCGUAACAAAAAUUAACUUUUUCUCUGUCUCAAGAGCAAACUUAUGUGUCUCCGAAGGAUUUUGGGCCGCUGAAUCCGAAUCCGGGCUCAGAUUUGCUCUAACACGUCACAAUUUUGAGCUAUACCUCAAUUUAUAGGGCAAAAUAUGCGAUUUUGGGCUUUUUUGAUUGCAAGCCACUAAGCAAGGAAAUAUUUUUUUUUAAGCAAUCAAAAGGUUAAUUUCUCAAUUAACAUCUAAAUUAACGACUCAUGCAAAAUAUUUUGUUUUACCACAUCGAAUUUGAUAGUUUUAAACGAUUUAUGUUAGGUACGAUAUUUCCCAUACAAGUCAUCCUCCAAAAGUUGCAUGCAAGUUUUCAUACUAACAUAAAAUGCUUAAAUCUAUCAAAUUUGAUUAGGUAAAACGAAAUAUUUUGCAUAAGUCGUUAAUUUAGAUGUUAAUUGACCAAUUAACCUUUUGAUUGCUUAAAAAAAAUAUUUCCUUGCUUUAUGGCUUGCAGUCAAAAAAGCCCAAAAUCGCAUAUUUUGCCCUAUAAAUUGAGGUAUAGCUCAAAAUUGUGACGUGUUAGAGCAAAUCUGAGCCCGGAUUCGGAUUCAGCGGCCCAAAAUCCUUCAGAGACACAUAAGUUUGCUCUUGAGACAAAAAUAUGUUGCGCUGUGUAAUAGGAGAUAACCAGUAUGCGUUUUCCAAAUAUUAUCCGCGAUCAUGGAACUUCCAUGAACAAACUGAAAAUUUAGUCGAAAUUGGCACCAAAUCUAAUGGAACUUUUUUAAUCGAAAGCGAAUUAAACAUAGCGACCGGCGUCACAUUACAACCUGGG